CCACAUUUGCACCGCCUGUAGCCAACUUUGUCAGCAAAUCACUUUGGGGAAGACAAAUAUCGGCAACCUGACUGCCUAGCUAGUUCAUCAAAGAUCCCUCUGUGUUUCGUUGCCUACAUUUGUCAGAGUACAAUCUGGAAGGAGGAUCCAAUCAAUCAUCAAAUCCGGGUGGUGGGUGGUUAUAGUGCAGGCUUUUCGUGAAGACUGUUUAUAGUAGUGGCUGUGCGUCCAAUCCCAUCCUGUUCGCUUUUCAAUCAUCACAAAGCAUUGAUCAUGGUGAAGAGUCGCAAGACUACCCUCAACAAGGCCCGUCCAUUGCCAGACCGAUACACACUCAAGGCCACCAAUACUGCCCAUGGUGCCAAAGUGAGUAGGAGGUUUACCACCGUCAAGACCACCGACCAGGAUGCUGCAGCCAUUGCGAACCAGCUAGAGAAUGCUACCGAAUCGCCACCCUCGCAACAUGGCAGUACAGGCUUUGUCAGCAAGCGCAUCAUCUUUCCACACUUGACGCGUCUGCAGUAUGGAAUCUUGCGCUAUCGGGAUAUUUCCGAAAGUCCCACCUCUGUCAUCACCAGUAUCUUUCCAGGAACUCAACAGGACCGAAGAUUCGUCUUUGUACCGGCUGGAUACUCCAAUAGUGAUAAGUGUCUUCAAGAAAUCCUAAUGGCGCUGCAGCUCAACAAGGGCCUACCACCCUUGGUGAUUGUCACGGCGGCCACGGAGGGAGCUGUGGAAGAAACUGUGGAUGAGGAUGCUGAAGCCGGCACUGGCCCUGAUGAUGGAACCAAUCAAAAGACCAAGCAGGUACUGUUGGGCAAUCCCAUCAGCGAUGAUCUAGAUCUGUCUGAGGAAGAAGAACGAGAGCUAUUGAGAGAAAAGACACAAGAGAUACUACGUUCUACGGUAGAACUCUGUGGGGAAACUGGUGCUUGGCUCUUGCCUCAUCGUCCUCGCCGCGUCAAUGGUGCCGCAGAAGUGCUUUGUAGCACCAUCUCCUCCACGUCAUCCGGCGAGGAUCAGCCUGUUCUUGGCAAGAAUCCUACCGUGAUCUUGGGGAUGAUUGGACUAGAUCACAAUGACGAAGAGAAUGGAUUUGCCCAGCUUAUUCAAACCAACAUGGUUCCCUUUGGAACAGAAGUCGAGCAAGUGGCGAUUGUCAACUACGACCGGAACGUUCGCGACAAUCUGCCCUGCCCGGAGUUGACGCACCUCUUGCUCUUUGAGAGACGACAAGAAAUGAGAGACUUUCGAGAGCGACUCUUGUCCCAAACACCUGAUGUCUUCAUGGCGUUUGGCAGCACCACCCCCUAUGCCAAGAAGUGUCUGUUUGCUACCUUGGUGGAUGAAUCACCUGUUGCUCUCAUCACCCAUACCAGUUCUGAAAUUGAUCACAUGUCGUGGAUGCUUCGGCAUGCCGACUCGGAACUCAGAAAGAUUGACGUGGGAGCAAAGGAACCACCCGAGAAGGGAACGGCAACCUUUGCUGUCUCGAGCGAUCCCACGGAGUACGAAACUCUUCCAUUGCAACCAUUUGCAGAUCUAGCAAAUGUGGACCGGGAGCUUGCCGAGUAUCUACCCGUUUGGCCGGCAGCUCAUAGGGAUGAACGUGUGGUCCUGGCAGAUCCAAGGCGAGUUGGUGGGCUUCGCUUUCAGCGCCAACUGCUGCGGGCGGUCAACGCCGCUUUUUACGUUCCCGAAGCUCGCGCCGUGGCAUUAAGGGAGUCGUCAGAACUAUUGGUUUCCAUCCAAGAGGCUGCGUGCCACCAAAACAGGGUGACCGAGAUUUAUCACCUGGCAAUGGUCCUGGCAACGCUGGCUGCAAUUGUAGCGUCCGUCAUGUAUGCCAAGAUAUUCGGAGAGGACCCUGCGCCCAGUUGGGACAACCGAAACCCACGCCAGAUUGCGUUGUUCCUUGUCACCCUGGCAGUUCCUUUCAGCAUUGCUUACUUGAAAAGACUGUACGAUGGCAGCUCGCAACAAUGGUCCGAUGUUCAAAGGUCAUCGGCUGAGUUGGAGUCAACCAUUUUCGAGUUUCGUGCCAGACCACGGACCUUUGGGCAAACCACGGGACAGGCCGGUGGUCAAGAACCAUUGGAUGCCUUUAUUGGUCGCGUACUAGACAUUCAAAGCCGCGCAUCGCAGUUUUUGGCACCAGAGGAUGGUGGGAAGACCAGUAAGGAACCAGGCGACUGCGCCGCCGAAUCUCCAGUGAGUGAGACAGUUCUGGACUCUGCCGACCAGGACAUUGAAGCGCCCCCACCAACGGAGUCGUCUCCCCUGCUUCCAGCUGCCCCGUCGCCGUCAUUGGAAGAUCUGGCACUCAAUGGAUCCACCAACAAGUGGACGAAGAAGCCUCAUUACAAAGAUGAUACUGUCGUGGAAACAUACGAAGACGAGUUUCAAGAAACACCUGGGGCAAGCAAUGGAACACAGAAUGACUGUGCCACUCUCUUGACAAUCAUAGAUUACAUUGACUGUCGAGUCCUCGCUGCUCGGCAGCAAAAGAGAGACGAGUUGGACAAAUUGGAGAAACGAAACAAGAUAAUCGAAGUGAUCAUCAAGCUGGUUCUUGGCAGCACCAGCUUAUUGGCAUUGCUGUCGGAACAGUGGUUCAUUCCCAUAGUCCUGGGUGUCAGCACUGCCUUUUUUGCCAGCCAAGACUUCCGAAAAUAUAGGUCUCGCAUGGACCAAGGUCAAGCGAUGAUCCGAAAGCUAGAUGAGCUGCUCUCGUGGUGGGAUGCCUUGGAUGUCGAGGACAAGAUCCUCCCAAUCAACGAAGAUCGCCUUGUGGAGUCAGCCGAAAGCAUUCUUGUUGCUGAAGUUGCCUACACAUACUAGCCAGCUGACAACAUCAGCGUCAGCUAAGAGUAAAUAAAUGAAUUGAUAUCAUG